ACUAAGCCUAUUAAUUUUUUUUUUUUUAGGAUAACUAUUUUCUUCUCUUAAAUGUCAUGAAUUCACAGAUAUCCACACUGUAUGUGUGUGUCUGAAACUCCAAAGGGUUAGUUUCAGGCUGGGAACCCCGAGGUGGGCUAGCAAUUAAGGACCGUCACAGUUUGACACUUGUUAAAAAUACUGUUGACUUCUUUCUAAACAACAAAACCCUCAAAAGUUUUUUUUUUGUUGUUGUUGUUGUUUUUCUGACAAAGUAAUAAUAAUCAUUAAAAAAGAAACCCCAAUGCAAACUGAAACAACCAUGUCUGGAGAAGUGCGUUUGAAGCAGUUGGAGCAGUUUAUUUUGGAUGGGCCAACACAGACUAAUGGGCAAUGCUUCAGUGUGGAAACCUUGCUGGAUAUACUCAUCUGCCUUUAUGAUGAAUGUAAUAAUUCCCCUCUGAGAAGAGAGAAGAACAUCCUUGAGUAUCUGGAGUGGGCCAAACCUUUUACAUCUAAAGUGAAACAGAUGCGACUACAUAAAGAAGAUUUUGAGAUUCUGAAAGUGAUUGGUCGAGGAGCCUUUGGGGAGGUUGCAGUAGUAAAACUGAAAAAUGCAGAUAAAGUUUUUGCCAUGAAGAUACUUAAUAAGUGGGAGAUGCUGAAGAGAGCUGAAACAGCCUGUUUUCGAGAAGAGAGAGAUGUGUUAGUGAAUGGAGAUAACCAGUGGAUCACAACAUUACAUUAUGCAUUCCAGGAUGAAAACUAUUUAUACCUGGUUAUGGAUUACUAUGUUGGAGGAGACCUGCUUACAUUGCUCAGCAAGUUUGAGGACAGACUCCCUGAAGAUAUGGCUCGUUUUUAUUUGGCUGAAAUGGUGAUAGCCAUCGAUUCAGUUCAUCAGUUGCAUUAUGUUCACAGGGAUAUAAAACCAGACAAUAUCUUGAUGGAUAUGAAUGGACAUAUUCGAUUAGCAGAUUUCGGUUCUUGUCUGAAACUGAUGGAAGAUGGAACGGUCCAAUCUUCAGUGGCAGUUGGAACACCAGACUACAUCUCUCCAGAAAUCUUGCAGGCCAUGGAAGAUGGAAAAGGGAAGUAUGGGCCCGAGUGUGACUGGUGGUCCCUGGGCGUUUGCAUGUAUGAAAUGCUUUAUGGAGAAACGCCCUUUUAUGCUGAGUCCUUGGUGGAGACCUAUGGGAAAAUAAUGAACCACAAAGAGAGGUUUCAGUUUCCUGCUCAAGUGACAGAUGUCUCUGAAAGUGCAAAGGACCUCAUCCGAAGGCUCAUUUGUAGCAGAGAGCAUCGACUUGGACAAAAUGGAAUAGAAGACUUUAAGAACCAUCCAUUUUUUGCUGGGAUUGACUGGGACAACAUUAGGAACUGUGAGGCACCUUACAUCCCAGAAGUCAGCAGCCCUACUGAUACAUCAAACUUUGAUGUGGAUGAUGAUUGCUUAAAAAACUCUGAAACAAUGCCUCCACCAUCCCACACUGCAUUUUCUGGCCAUCAUUUACCAUUUGUGGGUUUCACAUAUACAAGUAGCUGUGUUCUUUCAGACCGCAGCUGUCUAAGACUGACAGCUGGACCACCCUCCAUGGAUCUUGAUGCCAGCAUUCAGAGAACUUUGGAGGAUAGUUUAGCAACAGAAGCUUAUGAGAGGAGAAUAAGGCGUCUAGAACAGGAAAAGCUUGAACUUAGCAGAAAACUGCAAGAGUCCACCCAGACAGUGCAGGCUCUUCAGUAUUCAACAGUGGAUGGCCCAAUAACAGCAAGUAAAGAUUUAGAAAUUAAAAGUUUGAAAGAAGAAAUUGAAAAGUUGAAGAAACAGGUAACAGAAUCUGGUCAGCUGGAGCAGCAGCUCGAGGAGGCCAGCACUGCAAGGAGGGAAUUGGAUGAUGCCUCCAGACAAAUUAAGGCCUUUGAAAAGCAAGUCAGGACGCUGAAGCAAGAGAGAGAAGAUCUUAAUAAGGAACUGGCAGAGUCUAGUGACAGAUUAAAAUCCCAAGCCAAAGAGCUGAAAGAUGCACACAGCCAGCGGAAAUUGGCAAUGCAGGAGUUCUCAGAGAUGAACGAGCGGCUGACAGACUUGCACUCUCAAAAACAAAAGCUUGCCCGCCAGCUCCGAGAUAAGGAGGAAGAAAUGGAAGUGGUGAUGCAAAAAGUAGAAAGUUUAAGGCAAGAGUUACGCAGAACAGAGAGACUUAAAAAAGAACUGGAAGUCCAAGCUGAAGCUGCAGCUGCUGAGGCAUCCAAAGACAGGAAAUUGCGAGAGAGGAGUGAACAGUACUCUAAACAGUUGGAAAGUGAAGUAGAAGGGCUAAAGCAAAAACAGGUUGGUCGCUCACCUGGGGUAAGCAGUAUAGAACACCAGCAAGAGAUCACUAAAUUAAAGGCAGACCUGGAAAAGAAGAGUGUUUUCUACGAAGAGGAACUAUCUAAACGUGAAAUGAUGCAUGCUAAUGAAAUAAAAAGUCUGAAGAAAGAACUGCGGGAUGCAGAGAGCCAGCAGCUCGCCCUCAAGAAGGAGAUCAUGGUUUUGAAAGACAAGUUAGAGAAAACCAGAAGAGAAAACCAAAGUGAAAGAGAGGAAUUUGAAACAGAGUUCAAACAAAAGUAUGAACGAGAAAAGAUUCUGCUGACAGAGGAAAACAAAAAACUUACGAAUGAACUUGAUAAGCUCACCGCCAUGUUUGAGAGGCUGAGUAUGAAUAAUCGGCAGCUGGAGGAAGAGAUGAGAGACCUGGCUGAUAAGAAGGAGUCUGUGGCUCACUGGGAGGCCCAAAUCACUGAGAUCAUCCAGUGGGUAAGUGAUGAAAAAGAUGCUCGAGGUUACCUUCAAGCCUUGGCCUCUAAAAUGACAGAAGAGCUGGAAGCCCUGAGGAACUCCAGCUUGGGAGCCAGAGCUACAGACAUGCCCUGGAAGAUGAGGCGCUUUGCAAAGCUGGACAUGUCUGCAAGGCUGGAGCUCCAGUCUGCUCUUGAUGCUGAAAUCCGAGCCAAACAGGCUAUUCAGGAUGAGCUGAACAAAGUCAAAGCUUCUUGCAUCUCUACAGAGUGUAAAUUGCAAGAAUCUGAGAAGAAGAACAUGGAGCUUUUGGCAGACAUCGAAAGGCUGAAAAAGGAGACAGAAGAGCUUAGAUCAGAAAAGGGUGUAAAGCACCAAGACUCACAGAAUUCUUUCUUGGCAUUUUUGAAUGCGCCUACCUCUGCUCUGGAUCAAUUUGAACGCUCUCCUUCCUGUAUUCCAGCUAACAAAGGCAGACGUAUUGAUUCAGUUGAGAAUUUUACAUUGUCUAAUACUCCAUCACGGGAUGAAGAUAGCAAGUCUCACCUCCACUCAAGAUCAAGGUCUCCUUCCACAGCCAGUGAGAUUGAACCAAUUGAGGUUACAGAUCAUCCUCCCCGUUCCAUCCACACGCCCACCAUGAGGACAGCGUACAUUGGCUCGGGACUCUCCGCACCAAAGCCUAAAGCUCACCAGUUUGUAGUGAAAUCGUUCAACACACCAACAAAAUGCAAUCAGUGCACAUCCCUGAUGGUUGGUCUGAUCCGACAGGGCUGUACUUGUGAAGUGUGUGGAUUCUCCUGCCACGUGACCUGUGCAGACAAGGCUCCUGCAGUAUGUCCAAUCCCUCCUGAGCAGACUAAGGGACCUUUGGGAAUAGAUCCACAGAAAGGCAUAGGAACAGCUUAUGAAGGACAUGUCAGAGUCCCAAAGCCAGCUGGAGUAAAGAAAGGUUGGCAGAGAGCACUGGCAGUGAUCUGUGAUUUUAAACUCUUCCUGUAUGAUGUAGCAGAAGGAAAAGCAUCUCAGCCCAGCGUGGUAGUGAGUCAGGUCAUAGACAUGAGGGAUGAAGAAUUCUCAGUGAGUUCUGUCUUGGCCUCAGAUGUCAUCCAUGCAAAUCGGAAAGAUAUCCCCUGUAUCUUUAGGGUUACAGCCUCCCAGCUCUCUGCAUCCAGUAACAAGUGUUCAAUCCUGAUUCUAGCAGAUGGUGAGAAUGAAAAAAGCAAGUGGGUGGGCGUGCUGAACGAGUUGCAUAGGAUCUUGAAGAAGAACAAACUCAAAGACCGCUCAGUCUAUGUCCCCAAAGAAGCUUAUGACAGCACCUUGCCCCUCAUCAAAACAACACAGUCAGCAGCAAUCAUAGACCAUGAAAGAAUAGCUCUGGGGAAUGAAGAAGGGUUGUUUGUUGUGCAUGUCACCAAAGAUGAGAUUAUCCGUGUUGGUGACAAUAAGAAGGUCCAUCAGAUCGAGCUCAUCCCGAGCGAGCAGCUCAUCGCCGUAAUCUCAGGACGGAACCGCCACGUGCGGCUCUUCCCCAUGGCCGCCCUGGAUGGAAGGGAGACUGACUUCUAUAAGCUGGCAGAGACCAAAGGCUGCCAGGCCAUCGUUUCUGGGCACGUGCGCCACGGGGCCCUCACCUGCCUGUGCGUGGCCAUGAAGAGGCAGGUGCUCUGUUACGAACUCAAUCAGAGCAAGACGCGCCACAAAAAGAUCAAGGAGAUCCAGGUGCAGGGGAACGUCCAGUGGAUGUCCAUCUUCAGCGACCGUCUCUGUGUGGGCUACCAGUCAGGUUUCCUCAAGUACCCCCUCCAUGGGGAGGGCAGCCCGUACAGCCUGCUCCACCCGGACGACCACACGCUCUCAUUUAUCUCACAGCAGCCAACUGAUGCCAUCUGCGCAGUCGAGAUCUCAACUAAAGAAUACCUGCUGUGUUUUAGCAGCGUCGGGGUUUACGUCGACUGCCAGGGCCGAAGAUCCAGGCAGCAAGAGUUGAUGUGGCCCGCAACUCCAUCUUCUUGCUGUUACAAUGCACCAUACCUCUCUGUGUACAGUGAAAAUGCAAUUGAUGUCUUCGACGUGAACUCCAUGGAGUGGAUUCAGACUAUUCCUCUCAAAAAGGUACGACCCUUGAAUACAGAAGGAUCACUAAACCUUUUAGGCCUGGAGACAGUCAGAUUAAUAUAUUUCAAAAACAAAAUGGCAGAGGGGGAUGAGCUGGUGGUGCCUGAGACGUCAGACAACAGCCGGAAGCAGAUGGUGCGGAACAUCAACAACAAGCGGCGCUACUCCUUCCGCGUGCCCGAGGAGGAGAGGAUGCAGCAGAGGAGGGAGAUGCUACGUGAUCCAGAAAUGAGAAAUAAGUUAAUUUCUAACCCAACUAAUUUUAACCACAUAGCACAUAUGGGUCCAGGAGAUGGCAUACAGAUUCUCAAAGACCUCCCAAUGCAGCGUUCCCCUUAUCAAUUCCCUCAUCAUCACUCCCGUCUGAUCUCCUCUCCGAGCAACUUUGAGCACAUCUACCACAUGACUGUUAAUUCAGCUGAAAAAUUCCUCUCUUACGAUUCCAUACACCCUGCAUUUUCCCCGCCUCCACGCUCUGUCCUCGGUACUCCAGAUUUUGUCACUCUAAGGAACCUGCGGCCCCAGGAGAGCCGGACGGUGUUCAGCGGCUCCGUCAGCAUCCCGUCGAUCACCAAAUCCCGCACGGAGCCGGGACGCUCCAUGAGCGCUAGCAGCGGCUUGGCAGCACGAUCGUCGGCACAGAACGGCAGCGCUUUGCGCAGGGAAUUCUCGGGAGGGAGCUACGGAGCGAAGCGCCAGCCCAUGGCAUCGCCCUCGGACGGGUCCCUGUCCUCAGGGGGGCUGGACCAGGGCAGUGAUGCUCCCACAAGGGACUACGAGCGAGAGGACUCUGACUCUCCGAGACACUCGACGGCAUCGAACAGCUCCAACCUCAGCAGCCCUCCCAGCCCGGUUUCUCCUCACAAGACCAAGAGCCUCUCCCUGGAGAGCUCUGACCACGUGAGUUGGGACUCAUGAACUGCUUCAGCAUUCAGAUAUGGCAUCACAUCAGCUUGCUGUCCCCAUGGCUGUCCCCUUCACUUGCUCCAGUUCUCACCUUCAUCCUCCUAACCCUCCCCAUUCCCUGUCGGAAAAGGAUCUGGGAGUGGGGUACAGAGGAAGGUAAAAGCUGGUCGCCUUCAGCACCGUUCAGCAUUGCCUCACCUCCCCAGAUCUGACAGCAGCAAAUGAGCAAAGCUAGGGUGUUGGUAAAUAUCAGAUGCUGUAGAUUUGUAUUAGUAAUGGUUUCAUUUUUGUGGUUACAGCUGCUUCAUUUUUAAAGACAUAUUUAUCCCACUCCCCUUCCACUUCCCAAAAGGUAGCAUAAGUAGACCAGACCAGUGUCAACAAGAGAAAAUUCAGAGGGAUUUUGUUUUCAUACAAUAGCUCAUUGUACUGUACAAAAGUAGCACAGAGACCCCUUCCCCACCAUGGGGAAUGAUCAGUAUGUCAGAGGCACAUAAAAGCUUUCAGCCACCACGUUUGAAUGUCAAUCUGAUUGUCGCCAGCAAAUCCUUAUUGAUUAAAAUGAUGCAUAUUUUACUACAGUACAGAGUUUAAAUAAAUACGCAGAUGUUAGAGUAAAAUACGUAUGUAUAUAUUCAAAGAAAAAAAGCAUUGUGUAUGCAGCAGAAGAUGGAUGCUUAUUUAAGAGAGCCUUUAAUUUAAGAUUUGUGUUGUCCCUGUUUUCAUGCUCGGUGAUUUACAGACUCGGAGGCCUGGCUAAAACCUCCGGCAGGACAGAGAUUCCGUGUGCUCGCGGCACUGCCCCUGCAGUGCUCUCACUACACUUCUCUCCUUCUGGCCUUCAGUAGCAGAACUGAAGCUGUAAUUCCUGUUUUCCUCACAGUCCCCAUCCUUUUCAGAAACUACAACAGUUGGCAGCAAGGCCCUGUCCCAACAGCCAGCCACAGGCUGCCCUGGCUCCGUGCGUGCCACCUGUGAGCUGGAGCCUUGCAGCAGCUACAGGAGAGGUCCUUCAGGCAGCAAGGCAGUUCAGUGCAGCUGGAUUCAGCAGGAAAACUGUUCCCCUGGGUCAGCCUUUCAGCAGGUUUAACUCAGAAGGGAGCAGUCUUCCACACCUCCUUGACCAUCCCUAAACAGCAAACUCUUACAGUCAUUACCAAAUACUGGUUGCUAAUACACAUCAGCCAAACGAGUGCCCUUAGCCCAAAGCUGGCCCUGGCUGGCUUUGUUGUCACUGUAGCAACAAAGAACCUUGAAGACUGACCUCACACUGUUCACACUGUGGUAGUCAGAGACGCCUGGUGACCCGCAACUGCUGCACUGGCAAGGUUGGUUUUCCUCUGCCCCCUACCUGUGCUGUGGGUUUGUGCAAUUUGCAGUUGUUUCUAUGUGCUCACCUGCUGUUUGGUUCCAAAAGCAGGGCAGGUUGGAGGGCAGGAAGUAUUGCAGUGGAAGGCAGAGCCUGCUGAAGCUGGAAAAAUAAAUAAAAAGCUGAAGUGGUCACCCAGUCAGCAGAAUAAAUGAGAGACUGAUAGCAGAUGUAUGGUAAGAGGAAGAUGUCUCUUCUCUUUAGUUAGCAAGGCAGAUUGUGCUUUUCAUUUGGGAUGAGCCUCUCUUCCCAGUAGUGUUGUUGCUGACUUCAUACUAUGACCAUACUCAAACACAUAAGGGCUUUUUGUAUUUAGACUAUUGGGGUUUGUGGGUUUUGGAAACUUGUUAUGGCUCUCAUUAAACCAUUCUGUGUUCUUGCAGUCAGCAGUUAUGUAGAGUUUCACCCACACAGAGGUGUUUGGAGUUUUGCAGUUUCUGUCUUCCCUAAUAGAAGUUGUAGGUAAGUUCAAACCAUGUACAGUAAUUUCCAGGUAUGAUCUAAAUGUGACAUAGGGAACAAGACACAGAUCAUCUAAUCCAUUUAAUCGUGCUGGGUCUCCUAGGUAAGAUUUCUCUUUCACUCUGAAUCAAGAGGCUUAUCCAAGUUUAAGUUCGUUCAGUGUUAUUUUGGGACAGGGAUUCAAGAAAUUAUUGUAGGAACCAUCAUAUCAAAAGCCUGUCUCUCUCCUAUUUGGGUAUUUCAGAGUAGCAAGCUGCUUGUGUUGUUUGUUUUCACUUCAAACCUACUACUUUUGCAAGCCUGGCAUUUGAAAUUAAAAGCUUUAGCAAAGAGCAAAGCAUCUGAAAGUAAUUCCUCCCAGAAAAGUUUAUGUAUUUCUGAGGGACAGAUAGGCAGGGCAUUAUUGGCAUUAUUGAAAUUCCACAUCAGCUUCUUUUUAAAGGCUGCAUAUUGCUUCAAGUAUAGGCACUGCUUUUUCCCCACAAUUCCCUUGUUUUGGUGAAGCAUGUCCACACACUUUUCAAAGCCUUUGCAGACUAGUUUUGUAUUUACUGUAUGUUGUAUUUAAAUAAUAAUCUUAUUUUGAUGUUGAGAGAAGGCAUUUAAACAGUAGUCAUUAAAGACAGAGCAGCCUGCAUGGCAGUCCCCUGAGAGAGGGUCACAGGAUUGUUUUCCAUGGACUUUAUUUUUCUGCAGCUGUGCUAAAGCUCUAUCUGAAAAUGGAGCCUGAAGAGCCACCACUUAGCAAACAUUAAAUUGAGUAAACCUCUGUGUUUGCUCUGUUCCAGUGCCUGCAAUCUAUUGAUACCAACCCCUGGCAUUUUCAGGCAGAGCAUAGGUCAGCUGUGUUCCAACACUAAGCUCAGAGGAUGAGAGCUCCACAGGCCCACACUGUUUGUACACUACAAUGCCCAAGCCUCAGCAGUCUUCUCUAGGAUUUAUUUAAUCAUUAGUUUGGUCCUGUGCAUUUUUAUAUGUGUCUGUUCAGAAGAGAAACAGCAACUGUUCUCUCAGUUGAAAA